AAUGUAUUAAUACCAACAUUAACAUAGUGUUUGAUGUUGUGUGAGAGUGGUUUUUGAACCUCAAACAUUAACAUUUAUUGAUUUAUUCCACGGGAAAUAUUACGAAUGAUAUUGAUAAAUAGUGCCUGGUAAAUAAAUAUAUCCGGCGACGUGAUUAGACAUGUCUAUCGAAAUAGAAUCUGCAGAUGUUAUACGUUUAAUUCAGCAAUACUUGAAGGAGUCGAAUUUAAUUCGCACAUUACAGACGCUUCAGGAAGAGACUGGAGUCUCCCUGAACACUGUCGACAGUGUGGAAGGCUUUGUGUCGGAUAUUAACAAUGGACACUGGGAUACAGUCCUGAAAGCCAUACAGUCACUUAAACUUCCGGACAAGAAGCUGAUUGAUCUUUAUGAACAGGUUGUGUUGGAGCUCAUUGAGCUGCGUGAGCUUGGUGCAGCACGCUCACUACUGCGACAGACUGACCCCAUGAUCAUGAUGAAACAGCAAGAACCUGAGCGGUACAUUCACUUGGAGAACUUGCUGGCCCGUUCGUACUUUGACCCCCGAGAAGCAUAUCCAGAUGGCAGCACAAAAGAGAAGCGACGUGCUGCCAUAGCACAGGCUCUUUCUGGAGAGGUUUCUGUCGUGCCAUCGUCUCGUCUUCUGGCUCUGCUUGGACAGUCGUUGAAGUGGCAACAGCAUCAAGGACUUCUCCCUCCAGGCACGACGAUCGAUCUGUUCCGAGGCAAGGCGGCCAUUAGAGAUCAGGAGGAAGAAAAGUACCCGACGCAGUUGUCAAAGCAGAUAAAAUUUGGACAGAAGUCACAUGUAGAGUGUGCGCGCUUCUCCCCUGAUGGACAAUAUCUGGUUACUGGCAGUGUCGAUGGUUUUAUAGAAGUGUGGAACUUCACAACGGGAAAGAUCAGAAAGGAUCUCAAGUACCAGGCUCAGGACAACUUCAUGAUGAUGGAGGAGGCGGUGCUGUGCAUGUCAUUCAGCAGAGACUCGGAGAUGCUGGCGUCAGGUUCACAGGAUGGGAAGGUGAAGGUGUGGCGCAUUCAGACUGGGCAGUGUCUGCGUCGCUUCGAGAAGGCGCAUAUCAAGGGAGUGACUUGCCUGCAGUUUUCACGUGACAACAGCCAAGUGCUAAGCGCAUCCUUUGAUGCAACCAUCAGGAUUCACGGUCUCAAGUCUGGUAAGACGCUGAAGGAGUUUAGAGGGCACAGCUCCUUUGUGAAUGAGGUUGUCUUCACUCCAGAUGGGCACAGCUUACUGAGUGCUUCAUCAGAUGGCACAGUUAAGGUGUGGAGCAUCAAGUCUACAGAGUGUACCAGUACGUUCAAGUCUCUGGGUGGCGCAGGUGAUAUAACGGUGAACAGCAUCCACCUGCUGCCCAAGAACCCGGAGCACUUCGUAGUGUGCAACAGAUCAAACACUGUCGUCAUCAUGAACAUGCAGGGACAGAUUGUGAGGUCGUUCUCCAGUGGUAAGCGUGAGGGUGGUGACUUUGUUUGCUGUACCCUGUCGCCACGUGGAGAGUGGAUAUACUGUGUUGGAGAGGACCUCGUGCUGUAUUGUUUCUCGACGGCAUCUGGCAAGCUGGAACGGACUCUGAACGUUCACGAGAAAGAUGUGAUAGGAGUGUCACAUCAUCCGCAUCAGAACCUGUUGUGUUCAUAUAGUGAGGAUGGACUGCUGAGACUCUGGAAGCCGUAGACAGCUCGUCUGUUUUGUGCAAGCUUCUGUGUUGAUCAGUGUAAUGUGUAUUAUAGAGCACAUUGAAUGUAUUCCUGUUAAUUUUGCCACUGUAGCGUAUCCUUACCUUCAUUCCAAACACUUUUGUCCAAUUUUUAAAUACCUAACGUAAGCAAAAUCUUACAUCUUAAGAUGUUCAAUGCAGAAGCUAUUUUCUGUGGCUCCUGUGAUAGCUAUACAAAACUUUCAGCGAAGUGACCAUCACUCUAGCUUCUUAUAUGGGAGGUUUGAUGUUCAAAUCUCAGCAUGGACACUGACUCUUUUGACUGUUGUUUUUGUGGUUUUUCUUAGUUUUUCACAACAAAUUCUGGAAUAAUACCUUAAAAAUAGUCCAUGAUUACUUACAUCUCCUUCACAAUUCACUUAUCAUACAUUCAUUUGACAUUAGAUAAUGUGCAGUUGAUGAAUCAUCAUUCAUUAUACUAUAGCAGUACUUCUCAACCGGUUAGUCUGAGACGUUCUUGGUUUGAAUGAAAAGGUUUGAGACUCCGAAGGUAUAAAAAGUCUUAAAAUAUGAUUUAGUAAUGUCAAAAAAUAAUUACUUAUGAACCUUAAAGACAUCUGUGAAGUGCUUUUAAAUUUUAAUAUCCUUGAGGAUGACCGUCUUCUGUGUUGUAAUGCCAUGUAGUGUGGCAGAAGUUUGCCAUUUCAGAGGCCUUCAUCAUCAGGGAAAUGGGACUUAUUGCCCUGAUGAUGGAGGCAGCAAGGGCUGCUGAAAUGUUGGCAACUUCUACCAGACUGUGGCGCUGCAACCCAGAUGACAGCCAUCUUCAUACUCUCUGCCAUGAGAACCUCAAAUCCUACUUUAAAGUCCUUGUUCUGAAUUGGAGCCAGGAUAGCUCAGUCAGUCAUAUUGACUGGCUAUGGGCUGGAUGACCGGUUCGAUCCCCAACAGGGGCAGAGGAUUUUUCCUCUAGUCUCUGCAUCCAGACCAGCUCUGGAGCCUACCCAGCCUCGUAUCCGUUGGGUAUUGGGGUCCUUUCCCAGGGGUAAAGCGUGGCCAGAGCGUCAUGCUGACCUCUCCCCCCCAAGCAACCUACAUGGCGUGUGUGGGACUCCUUUAUUUUACUUUUUAUUCUGAAUUAUUGUACUUUGUAUGUGUGUGUGUGUGAAUGGGUGCAUAUUAAAAGUUUCAAAAUGGUAGAAUUGUUAUUGGAGGGGGAGUAAUUAAUAAAGUACCGAAUGUAGUUGCACUAGAACAAUUCUGUUAUGUUUUGUGGCCUGCCAUAUGUGGACGAAUGCAGAUAUGCAGCAUUAAUAAAUCGCCCAACAAUCACACCGUA